AUGUACAGGAGAGGAGUACGGAGGUAUGACAGUGAUGGGUAUGUACAGGGAGGAGUGUGGAGGUAUGACAGUGAUCGGUAUGUACAGGAGAGGAGUGUGGAGGGGAUGACGGCAGGUACUAUGUAGGAGAGGAGUGUGGAGGGGAUGACGGCGGGUAGUAUGUAGGAGAGGAGUGUGGGGGGGGUAUGACGGUGGGCAGUAUGUAGGAGAGGAGUGUGGAGGGGAUGACGGUGGGCAUAUGUAGGAGAGGAGUGUGGAGGGGAUGACGGUGGGCAGUAUGUAGGAGAGG